GGGAAACGAAGUUGCACCCCUCCUCCUUCCCCAAGUUCCCCCCUUCCCCUUACUCCCACCCCCGAUUCUCGCCCAGCCGGGAGCGCUGGUGAUAGGACGAGCUCCCGACGCGCAUUGUGUAUAUGCAAACCAAAGCCGCGGCUACCCAGUUCUGGCCGACCCGGGCCGGGGCUUGGGGCUGCGGCUGGCGCUGCAGUGGGCGCCGCUGCCCUCCCUGGAGCCGGGCACUAUCCUGCCCCUGCGGCGCGGCGGGCGGCGGAGACCCUAAGCUGCUAUAAAAGCGCGGGCAAGGGAACACCCUGAGGGGCUGAAGAUGAAGGUGCCCGCGCAUGGGCCCCCGCUGAUUGCCAGCCCCUCCCGAGCCCGCGCCCCGCGCGGAGCCCGAGGCUGCCGAGGACCCGCCUUCGCCGCAGUAGCAGCUGGAGCAGCGACAGAGGCGGCAGCUGUGGCAGCUGCGGCGGCGGCUGCGGCGCCCCUCGCGCUAGCGCGUAGAGCGGCGGCGGCAGCUCGGGGACCGCCGCUGCCCCGGCUGCCAUGAGUUGUGCGGAGGUGAUGUAUCACCCCCAGCCGUAUGGAGCUCCCCAGUAUCUGUCCAACCCUGUGGCAGCUGCAACCUGCCCCACAGCCUACUACCAUCCGGCGCCCCAACCUGGCCAGCAGGGAGACAUUGGGUCAGUAGUGGAUGAACACUUCUCAAGAGCUUUGGGCCAAGUCAGCACCCUCCAUCCAGAAUCUGCCAUUUCAAAAAGCAAGAUGGGGCUAACCCCCCUAUGGCGAGACAGCUCAGCUCUCUCAAGUCAACGGAGUAGUUUCCCAACUUCUUUUUGGACCAGCUCCUACCAGCCCCCACCUGCAUCCUGUUUGGGGGGAGUGCAUCCUGACUUCCAGGUCACGGCACCCCCUGGCACCUUUACUGCAGCUGACCCUAGCCCCUGGCCAGGACAUGGGCUGCAUCAGACUGGCCCAGCCCCUCCUCCUCCCGUGUCUGAGUCCUGGCACUACCCUUUGGCAUCUCAGGUGAGCCCAUCCUACAGCCACAUGCAUGAUGUGUACAUGCGGCACCACCACCCCCACGCCCACAUGCACCACCGCCAUCACCACCACCAUCACCACCACCACCCUUCAGCUGGCUCUGCCCUGGAUGCACCCUAUGGACCCCUGCUGAUGCCAUCAGUGCGUGCAGCCAGGAUUCCUGCUCCCCAGUGUGACAUCACAAAGACAGAUCCAACAACAGUUACCACUGCUACCUCAGCAUGGGCUGGAGCCUUCCACGGAACAGUGGAUAUAGUGCCAAGUGUGGGGUUUGAUGCAGGUCUACAGCAUCAAGACAAGAGCAAGGAAUCACCGUGGUACUGAAAUACAUAACAUUAGCAAGUCAGGUUGCAGCAUGGAUCCAAGGGCCCACUGGGAAAACAUGCUGCCAGGAUUUUCCAUUCUGCAAUGGGACAAAAGAGACAUGGAAGGAGAAGAGAAAGUGUUAGCUGGUUGACUUUGGUUUUGAUCCUUUUCUUGAUAAAGCAGAAAGGAUCCUAGAAAUUGAAGAAAAGCAUUUUUUGUUUGUUUUUCCCUUCAUCUGAGCCUUUGCCAACUGUGCAACUUGUUUUGUUUUUUUUUUCCCUUGCUUUUUUAACUACAUGAUUUAAGAUUUGUUUCAUUUUGAUUUUGCUUUUGAACCAACCACCUGGUCAGGAAAAGAAGAACCACAAAUGAAAAUGCAUUCUUUGAGAAAUACGAUUUUGUAGCUCUAUGUGCGUCUAUUUUUGUAGAAAUACAGAAAGUUCGAUUUAGCAUUGAUGGGCUAUUUUUGAGGGUUGUAUUUUGUUUAAUAUUGUGAAAAUUGUUAAGUUCUGUUUAAAGAACUUGCACUCAGAGAAGCACUGGCAAAAAUGUUUAAAAUACUUAUCUUUAAGAUGUCCGUGAUAUGCUCUGUCUGUGCUUUCUAGGUUACCUCAAGUGUUUGAUAUUUUCUCCUUUUUACUAAAGUAGCACCAUUGCCAAGCCAAUACAGUAUUGUUUUUACAUUAAA